AUGGUCCGCGUGGCACAAGAUUGCGGAGGCGCUGUUUGCUCUUUGGCGGAGGCCGCAGCGGGCUCUCGGUUCAGCGAGCCGUGCUCCGGCCACGGCCUCCCGGGUCACGUCUCCGGCCAAAUUGAAAUAUCCCCACUGCCGGCGCUCCCGGCGCUCGAGCCGAACGCUUUGCGACCGCCGCACCUCCCCCUCCCUCACCCCCUCACCCCCCCUCCGCUCCCUCACAUAGACACGACGAACCGAAGACAAUAUGAUAGCAUCUGU